UUUAUGGUCUUCAUCAGUUUUAUUCGCUCGGCCAGCACACGGUUCGGUUUCCACGUUCACUCGUACACCGUAAACCGGUGGUUUAAGAGCGUCAGCAUGUGUAAAGAGCUGAAGACGAGAGUCGUGCGGCUACCAGCGCAGAGCUCCGGGGAUCUGAGCUCGCAGCAGCAGCAGGAGUGGACGGAGAUCCUGAGGGCCACAGUCGCGGCUCUGAAGGCCGGGCAGGUCGUGGCCGUCCCCACUGACACCAUCUACGGUCUGGCCUGUGUGGCCCAGGACUCCACGGCCGUCAGGAGAGUUUAUGAUAUCAAAGGAAGGAAUGGAGACAAACCUCUAGCCAUCUGUGUCGGAGAAAUACAGGACAUCUACAGAUUCUGUUCGGUGUCUGUGAAGGAGGAGCUGCUCAGAGAUCUGCUGCCUGGACCUGUUACACUCGUUCUGGAACGAUCCUCCACACUGAACGGAGACCUCAAUCCAUUUACCAAGCUCAUAGGGGUUCGUAUUCCAGACCAUCCGUUCAUGAGGCGUCUCUGUCAGAUGUGCAGCGAGCCUCUUGCUCUCACCAGUGCUAACGUCAGCACACAAACCAGUACACUAGCUGCUAGCGAGUUUGAGGAUCUGUGGCCCAGUCUGGCUGUUGUGGUGGACGGUGGACCGAUUGGAGAUAAAAGCCGUUUGGGUUCAACAGUUGUGGAUCUGUCUGUGUGUGGCAGAUACCGUAUAAUCAGACCGGGAUGUGCUCUCUCUGCUACAGUUCAGGUACUUGAGGGCAAGUAUGGACUGCUGGAGGAUCCCGUCAAUCAGUGAGACUCAAGCACAGCACAAACCCGCUGUAGGUCAAACCGUCUGGUUCCUGAAGACUCAUUUGUGGAGUAGUUCUUCUGUUGCAGUGACCUCUACACCACUGAGGUGCCUUUGGGAAUACACUUAUGUUGGGAAUAUUAUUUUGAGUAUUUGAUUGAUUUGAUUGGUUUUGUUAUAGUACAUUAAUGGUUUAGAUUCAAGGAUUUUGUUGUUAAUUUGGAUUUUAUUUAUUGCAAUUUUAAAUGUCAAAUUGUCAAUUUUUCAGGGAUCACCUGCUCUCUAGCAGAGAAUCAUUUGUCAUUUUUAUAAAAUAAAAAAACUAAAUCUGA